AUGUUGCGCAGAGCAUGUGAUGUAAGGGUGGCAUCAAGGACGGAUAGGCAAGCGCUCUCAGCUGAGACCGGUGAUGCCCACGAGCACCAGAAGCCGUGCGGUGUCAACGAAGAGUUCAAGGAGUGCCAGAGCAGCAGUUGCGCCGAAUGGCGUUGCGGGGAAGUGCGCGGCAGCCUGAGGCCCUGCACGGCCGACUGCCGGAACGGCUGCUUCUGUGCUGGGGAGCACUACCGGCAUCCGAACGGCACCUGUGUCCCGCACGAAGAGUGCCCUCCUUCGGCGGUUAAUAAGACGGAAGGAACCCGUGGUAAGAGAGACACCCCCGCCGAGGCCGCCGCCAAGCCAGCCGACACCGCAGCAGCAGCACCUAAGACGGAAGGAGCCCGUGGUAAGAGAGACGCCCCCGCCGAGGCCACCGCCAAGACAGCCGCCACCGCAGCAGAAGCAGCACGCAAGACAGCGGCCGACGCCGAAGGAGCAGCACAUAAGACUGAAGGAACCCGUGGUAAGAGACAAACCCCCGCCGCCGCAGAAGCAGCACGCAGAACAGCCGAAAUCACCGCAGAAACAGCACGCAGAACAGCCGAAAUCACCGCAGAAGUAGCACGCAGGAACGCCGAGAGGGCCCAAGAAACAGCACGCAGAACAGCCGGUAAGAGACAAACCCCCGCCGCCGCAGAAGCAGCACGCAGAACGGCCGAAAGCACCGCAGAAACAGCACGCAGAACAGCCGAAAUCACCGCAGAAGUAGCUCACAAGAACGCCGAGAGGGCCCAAGAAACAGCACGCAGAACAGCCGGUAAGAGACAAACCCCCGCCGACGCAGAAGCAGCACGCAGAACAGCCGAAAGCACCGCAGAAACAGCACGCAGAACAGCCGAAAUCACCGCAGAAACAGCACGAAGAACAGCCGAGAGCGCUGAUAAUUCAGCACGCAGGAACGGCUAGCAGCAGCAGCAGCAGCGGCGGCGGCGGCGUCGGCGGCGGCAGCAGCAGCAGCAGCAAAUGUGCAAUUAAUGGGAGCGUCCGCAAAAAGAAAAGCCUUUGCUUGAAUGUUGAAUUGCCUUUAUUUCCAUAAACACACAAAUAAAUGGGGGAUUUAAGGAAAAGGUUGCACACCGCAACCUGAGCGGCCUUAACACCCAGUCUGAGGGUGAGGGUAGCAGCCGCAGGCACAGGCACUGAUUCAGGAACGACAACAUAAAAAAUGCAAUAUAGUACAAUUUUUGCUUAGACUUGUGUCAGCAACCAUAAUUGCAAUAUAAAGAAACACUACAAGCCAUAAAAGCCAAGAAAUGAGCAGUUUACACAUUAGCAAGAAAUCCGUGAAAAAAAAUGAAGUGACGACUUCAGUCAUGUUCAAAUAUCGCUGAAGAACUCAUACAAAAGCGAAACAGGACAAGAAGUAACAUCGUUUUUGUUGUGCAUAAGUGUGGUUAACAGGCGUCGUAAGCAAGGAUGUAAAAUUUGAAAAGCAUAGUUAGUGUAAGAAUGUGGCACAUGCCAGUGUUCAGGUGACCGUGUGCUGUGUUCUGUUCUGUUUCUAGUUACCUACGUUAAGGAUGUAAUGUACGACAGGUGUUGCUUCUCGUCUUUACGAUAGGCUAACGACAGCCUGAAGUCUAACAGAGAGUGCAGUGUAAUUUCAACUUUUUGAAGAGAGGUGCAGUAUGAGCAUCUGCUCGAGCAUUACAGAUGGUACGAAUUAAAUUUUUUUGAAGCAGCAAUAAUCGAUUUAUGUUGGUAGCAGACGUCACACACCACACCAGACAGCAGUAGUGUACAUGACCCAGGAAGAGAGAAUUGUAUAAGAGAAGUUUGACGUUGCGUGGCAGUGGUUUUAAACUGAUCAGUAUUCCAGCGACUUGCGGAAGUUUUCUUGCAAGGAAGUCUAUCUGAUCACUUCAGAACAUAUGGCUACAAAAAACACACCUAGCGUUUUCGCAGACCGGACAAGCUCAAUUCUUGAAGAGCCUAUUAAAAUGUCCGUUUCUAAGUUCACACAUUUAUUUUGGCUUGUAAUAGAAUACCUGAAUUUUUGUCAGUGUUUAUUGUAAACCAGUGUCCUGUGACCACCUAUGUAUUUUAGCAAGGACAGAAUUUGUGGUUGAAAUUAGGCUUGAAAUAUUGUUCGACGCAAAAUUAAAGCACGGUACUACCACCUGCGUAGAUUAUAUAUUUCGAUCCACUAUCGACAAGAACAAGAUCAUUUACGUAGACAUUGAAAAAAAGGGGUACCAGUAUGCUCCCUUGGAGAACUCCAACUUUACUUUCUUGAUAUGGGAGGAGAUGCCAUUAAUUUUAACAACUUGACUCCGCUGCUUUGAAUAAGAUUUUGACUAUCUAAAGUAAUGCGACGAAUACGUAGAACUGUAGCGCCUUUAAUAAAAACUGUCAGCGCUUCCACUGGAGUGGAGAUGGAAGACCAGCGAAGCUAGACUAUGUUGGGAAUUAUGUAUUUCUAAUUAUGACUAGUAAGGUGUCAUAGUGUAAGUGAUUAUUUAAACUAAUAAAGUAUGAGAAAUAUAUACGAUCGGGUUGUUUUCAU